AUGGCAAAUGCAGGGCAAGUACUUGCUCGGUGUUUUGUUCAGUUUUUGGUUUGGGGUCCUGAAGGAUUCAGCUUUGUGCACUGCCUGAAACAUUUGGAUGUGUUUCUUCGCGUUUUUGUCAGGACAAUCUUUGGUUGUUUGCUGGCGACCUCCCUUAUCCCAGCCUGGGUGUUGUGCCUGCUUCUGAAGUUGGUGUUGUCGCGCUUGCCGGUGGAGAGGCGUGCUGCCUUUGAAAGGUGCUUCGGUCGCAUGCUCAUCGUCAUUUUAGUAGUGCUUUGGCGGAUGGUGUUUACGCUUUGUGCAUGGAUCCGGGUGGAAGUGUUUCAGCAAGAAGUGCCUUUUCUCGGUGCACCAGGGAAACCAGCUGUGUUAGUGAUGAACCACACGUGUUUUCUUGACGCCGUGCUGGCCACCUCUUUAGCACCCUUGAACCGCAGCUCGGAUGUGCGAGUGCUUGUGGCGAACUAUGUCUUCAAGAUUCCGUUGCUUGGAACCGUAAUGCGGGUCAUGGGCCUCCCAGAGGUUCCUUUCAAAGCAUGUGCAGGGGGAGGCGAGACUUCGAAUAUGACCGUGGAGAAGAACCUCAUGGAAGAGAGGUUGAACGCUUUCAACGAUCAUGUUCGAUCUGGUGGGGUGGGCGCGUGGUUCCCGGAAGGUCUCAUGAAUCGAGGAGAUCCAGAGAUCCUUCAGGAAUUUCGAGCUGGCGCCUUCGCAGUUCCUGUAAAAACCGACGUUGAGAUUUGGUGUAUUGCUGCUGUUGGCUGCAAUGUUUGUUGGCCGGUGAAGGCUGCCGUUGGAGGACUUCCUGCCCGCAUAGGGCUGAAGGUCUUCCGCUUAACAGACAGCAGCCACAAACUGAUCGAGGAUUUGAAGGAUUGUGAUGAGCGCGCCAAGGCAUUGCACAUAGCUGGCCUUGCAAAGAGCGCUGUCCAGGAAGGUGUCAAUGAGUUGGUGGCCAAAGGUUUCUCCGCCAACCCUGGAAUGGUCAAGCGCAGCUGA